AUGUUUUCAUUCCAAUCUCUGAACGCAACCACCGGCAGUAACACCAAUACGACUUUGAUCAAUAGUGGUAGCAACAACAAUCACAACAAUUACAUACGAUGCUCUCAAAUAUUGGAACACAUUCAUCAACAACAAAACCGAAACUCAGGAAGAAAGACUUCGUUUUUGAAAAACUUUAUUCCAUCGGUGACCUCUUCCGAAGAGAACUCCACACCACCACAUGAUCCCAAUACAUUGUCUAUUCAUCGCGUACAACACGUAUCGGGCCACUUGGCUUUGCAUUUGUUCAACGGAAGGAUGAUUAUUGGUCUCGAUUAUAUUUCAGCCUCAAAAUUACAGAAUAUUACUAGCCAAUCUCAAGACCAAUUAUAUUUGAAUUUAUUAGAGGCAAUUAAGAAUUUCGGAAGCUCUACAUUCGCUACCACGCACAAUGCUCAUGACACAUCGUUGGGUCCAAUGCUCUUUUGUUGUGAUAAAGACCCUUAUGUUUACAGCGAUUUUGAAAUUAGAGAGGAAACAUCGGAACAAUCGAGUGGAUAUAAUUUCGGAAGUAAUUUUGUGAGAGAUUUGCGAGUGGUUCGUUUUAUUGCAAUUUCUAAAGCUGGCAAUGUUAUGGUGUGGAGAUAUUACGAAGACAAUUCCACUUGGAAAGUGGAGAAUACUUUUAAUAUUUUAGGAAACAGCUCCAGUUUGAAGGUGGAGUUUGCAACUGUGGUUGCUGAUAGAAAUAUAUUAUUUAAGACAAAUAGCCCAUCAGGAAGGAAUGCCUUGAAUUUAUACUCUGCCUCUGGUAGUACUUGUGUGAUUUUUAAUGGUAGCAGUGAUGACUCCGCCAACAAUGGUUCUGAGAAUGUAAUUUAUUCUGUAUUUCCAUCGACACACACUAUGAGCAAAUCGACUGUUUUAAUAAUUACACAAGGUGAAAUAAUUCUCUUCGAUCUGAAGAAUAAGAAAUCAAUAUCCAAAAUCGAAAAGGCUCUCAAAUAUAAUGAUGCCUCAGGCAAUGCUGACAUGCAGCAAUAUUCAGAAUCUAUUUUUUAUAUUUCAAUGAUUAUUCACCCAAUAACGAAAGAAAUAAUCAUGAUGGAUACGAGCUUUAACAUUAUUAUUUAUUCAAGCGAGUUGACACACUCAAAGAAAUUGUCUAUCAACAAAUUGACACUCAAAAAAGAGAACAUUUUGAAAAUAGACAUGGCAUUAAUUUAUAACACAUUUUUAGCUAUAUAUGAUGGAAACUCCAACAUUUUUAUUGUUGACCUUGUGAAUGGAUGUGUAAUUUCAAAUUUAAUGUUGCCUAGUGACAUGACUAAUUACAAAUCUGGAGGAAGUUUUGUUAGAUUUUUUGGAAAUGCUACUCAAUACUCUUGCAACAAUGAACCUUCUACCCUGUUUAUUCAUGGUAGCUCUCUAAUCUACGAAUUACGCUGUCCACCUCUGCUUGAUAUUGUCAGGAAUAGCAGUACCGUAGCUUCAUCUGGAAAUUCCCUUACCUCCAGCACAACAUCUCAGACAUAUAACCAUUUACUUAAAGAUUUUAAGCUAUUCAAUAUUUACACAAGAAACAUUUUGGAAGAAAUUCAUAACAAUAGUGGUAACAGUACCAACAAAUUGAAUCCUGCAUCUAAUUCAACUGUUGAUAUGAGAAAAUCCAUUUUCCCACAUUUGGAAAAUCCAGCAUUGAUUUGGACAAGCUGCAACACUGUACAUGACCAAGAAGCUUUUUUGAACGAAUGUGAACAGUUCAUUGAUAACUUUCCACCUAAGGACACAAAUUUUUGGAAAAAGCCAACAUCCAAUGCUUCAACAAGCGAGAAUUGGGAGAGUUCAUCUUUGCCUUCUCCAUUGUCACCUUCAAUGUCUCCCUCUUCAUUGUCAUCUAGCAAGGCAAGUCCAACCAUGGGCGCUUCUUCAACAGCUUCCUCUAAUCAAUUAUUUACCAAAAUGACAACUUUGAAUAUGAGUAUUGUUCCUCCACUGACCUCUUCCCUAUCGAUUUGCAAAGAACAAAUAACAAAUCUUGAUGUAACACAAACAGUUGAUUCGUUAGAGGAUCAUGGGGAAAACAGUGCAGCAUCAUCCAACAUCAAAACCAGCUCAUUCAUGGACAACCUCACUGAUAUUGAGCUCUAUGACAUGAUUGAAAACGAGCCACACUCAGUUUUGGAUUAUUUACUAGAUGUUUGUGAUCUUGCCAUCUUCAAGAGCGUUGUUCAACAAUAUUCAACUGAAGAAAAUUUGGACGAGACAAGUGACAGCAGCAAGAUUUAUGGUAUUUCCAUCCCUGGUGCCUCUGAUUCCAACAUUCGACCCAUCACAACAUUUGUAAAUUUAUUUGAACAAAAUUUUGAAGAUUCCAUUAGUCCUUUAGAAUUGUACAAAGUUGAGGAGAACAGAAAUGAAGAUUUUGUGGUUUAUCAAAAUAAGGUAACUGCUGCCCUUGAACCAAAACGAAACACAAACCACACCAGAAAGGGUUUACUCUAUUUUGAAAUGGUCAUUCGGUUACUCUUUUUCCACACAAAAUGUCCUCAAAUUAUUUUGAUUUUAAUUGUCAUGAUGGAAGAACACAAAUUGAAACAAUUUACUGCUCGACGAGAUCAACUGAAAUCAGAAAUUGAUCAACUUGUCAAGAAGAAACAAUCAUCAUCGACUUCUUCACUUUCAUCCUUGACAGGAUCUAAAAACUAUCAAUUGGAAAAUUUUAAUUUACAAAGUUUACAGAAUGAGUACAAUGAUAUUUCACAAAAGUUGAAACAAAACAAUUUGAAGGCCAAAUAUAGUAAGGAAAUCCAAAGGAUACUGACAUCCUAUGUAGAUACAUGUGAAAGCGAGCAGCAAUUCAUAGAGACCGCUUCAUAUUCCAAUAUUCAGGUUAAAACUAUGGCUCAAUUAUUUAUUUGGCAAGGAAAUCGACUCGAUGCAUUGAAGAUAUAUCUUUCGAAUUAUAGCAACAAACUUGAGGAACAAGUGCUCAAGCUUGUAUCAACCUAUCUUUCGCAACAGUCUGGAAUUAGCGUUUAUCAUGUUCCAUCAGGAACAGGACCUCUUGAAGAGCAAUAUCAAGUGUUGAAUUUACUUUUCAAUUUUUGUCUCAACCCAAGUACUAAGGCCACAUCAAAGACCAAAAACUCUCUUCUCGCAUUGGCGUGGCAAAUGAUGCCGCUAUCCUACAGCGUUUUUGAUUUCUUUUCAAAAUUUGAUAUUUAUUGGAACGAACGAGGGAUUGUCAACAGUGACGACAAUGAAUCAAGCCCUUGUGCGUUCACUUCAGCUGACAUUUGUGAUGAAAUAGCAUUGGGCAACAGCAACAUUAUCGGUGAUGAUGUUGGCUUGUAUCUUCAGGGCAUUGGGACCUUUACAAACAUGAAAUUAAGAGCUCAACAAAUGAAGUAA